AUGGGCAAGGACGCUUCUUUCGCUCCCGGUGACGCCGCCAAGGGUGCCAAGCUUUUCCAGACUCGCUGCGCUCAGUGCCACACCGUUGAUGCCGCUGGUGGCAACAAGGUCGGCCCCAAGCUCCACGGUCUGAUGGGCCGCCAGUCCGGUCAGGUCGAUGGUUACUCCUACACCGAUGCCAACAAGGAGGCUGGUGUCCACUGGAACGAGGACACUCUCUUCAAGUACCUCGAGAACCCCAAGAAGUUCCUCCCCGGUACCAAGAUGGCCUUCGGUGGUCUCAAGAAGGCUAAGGAGCGCAACGACCUCAUCACUUACCUCAAGGAGGCCACCGCAUAA